CGUGGCUCUACCAUGCUGUCCCGAGGGGAGCAGGAGGACGCAUGGGAGGAGGCACAUGGAAUUAUCUCCAUAUUCUCGCUCCUAUAGACCUGUCCGCGUUGAUAAUGGUUAUAUGACACAGCUCUGUGGCUAGUGCGGCUGACUGGCGCAAGUGUUCGUCGAGUCAAGCUGAUAAUAAGAGAUUUUGUCGUGAUAUUGUGGCGAGUGUCUGGAAUAUGGCGACGCAGACAGACAGUUGUAGUGGUCGUGGUGGAAAAGACAAAUCUGGGACGUCUUCCUGGGCUGGCAUUGUUGGCGGGGCGAAGAAUGACACCCCAGGGGAGGCCAGCAAGCCAGUCGCCGAGGAAAAACCUGUGAGUCAGGAGAGUGCCGAGGGUGCAGCUGUGACCAGGCCAUGUGAGGUCACCGUGCCGCCCGGGGAGGCCUCUGGCGCUGACCUGGACCCUGAGGAACUGUCGCAGUUCACAGAGAUUCGUAAUAAGAAGGACCGGGCCAGGAAGAAGGAGGCCGCCCGCGGUGGGCGCAAGGGCGGGCGCGGCGGACGGCGGGAGUACGCCGAGUGGGAGCCGCGGCAUGACAGGGGCGGCGAGGGUGUACCCAGGGGCAGGGGCGGCAAGAGGCCUGGUAGGGAGCUGGCCCCGAGGCAGCUGAACGGGCCAGAGGGAGAAGAGGAGGCAGCGGUGGAGGAAGGCGUGGCGGUAGCUGAGGUAGAGGUGGAGGAGAAGGUGCACUACGUGCCCGCGCCCGCCCCGAGGGUCAACAUCUGGGAAAAGAGGCAGAACUUUCCAGCGAACCCCGCCCCUACCAAGGCUGGGGACAUCUCGGCACAUGCAGGACCAGCACCGGCACUACCUGCAGCAACAGCAGCAGCUCCUCCACAAGCGCCAGCAGCUAGCAAGCGUGAUGAGAAGUCAACCCCGGUGGUGACAGUGAGUGUGACAGCUGCCGUGCCUCCUGUGUCACAAGCACCUCCACCUCCACCACCACCAGCACCACCAGCAGCCGUCACACUGCCCUCACCCACAGUGCCCCAAGCACCAACCACAGCAGUUCAGGGUGUCAGUGGCAGUGAGGUGGCUGUGAAGAACCUUCAGCCACAGAACACCUCUGGUUCAAGUAUAGCUGAACCUAUUCUAGUUGAAUCAGCUCCCCAUGACAGUGUCAGUGACCCAACUCCUGCCCAGGCAGCACACACCAGUCCUGCCUCUCAUUCCACCAAUAAAGAAGGAAAGAAGAGCAAUACAAAGACAUCAAAGAGUGAAUGGCGGAAGAGUGAAGAGAGGAAAGCAAAGCAAGCUGACAGAGAAAUAGAGAAAUCUGAAGAUUCAGGGUCCCAUGAUGAUGACUCCCUCAAGGAGAACCGAGAGGCAUCCGCCCCACAGACUCUCAACAACAAGGUGCAGCAGACACACAACACACUGUCAACCAAAGCCAACAAGAAUAAAAAGAAUAAACUCAAAAAACAGAACUGGAGAAGACUAGACAUUCCACCACCAAAGAGAGAGAAAGGAUUUCGACGGGAAGGUCGAGGAUCCGACUCGGCCGAGUGGAGAGCUGACGCCAGGGCUGCCAAUGCCUUGAGGGGCCGUGCUGGGGGCCGGGGCAAUACACUGAGGGGCCGAGGCCGGGGCCGGGGAGCAGGUCGUGGAGGCACAGCAGUGGGUGGUUUGAGGGGAGGCUUCAGGAGCCCCUCCACUGAGCUCUUUGAGAACUUCUCUGAGUAUUCUGAGAUUCCAGAUUAUGUUCUGCAGGAUCCAAACAUGAUGCAGUUCUUUGUUCCUAAUGUGGGAUUCAUCUUUCCGGAAUUUGUUCCUCAAGAUGAACUUGCAAUCAAAGAUAAGAUCAAGAAGCAAAUAGAAUAUUACUUCAGUGAAGAAAACUUAGCCAAUGACAUCUUCAUGCGAAGGAAGAUGUCCAAAGAUGGCUUCAUUCCAGUUUCUCUUAUUGCUUCCUUUAAUCGAAUGAAGCAACUCACUCAAGAUGUUAAGCUUAUUGUUGAUGUCUGCAAGACUUCUGAGAAACUUGAAGUUAAAGAUGAGGUCUGGUUACGCACAAAGCAUGAACCAAGCAAGUGGCCUUUGGAAGAUGCAGCAGCUGGUGCACUCCAGGCUCUUCUGACCUCUGCCUCAGGUGGCUCUGCUCCAGCCACUGUGGAUUCCCCUGUGCCAGAUACACCCCUCCCCUCCAAAACCCAAGACACACCCACUGCCACUGCCACUGAACCUGCCCCUGUCCCUGCUACUUCUGAUAAUGCUUCCACUGUUACCAGUACCACUCCUACAUCAAGUACUCCCAUCACCAUGGCCUCCACCCACAGUGACACUUCAGCAAUGAUCAAGACUCAGUCCAUACCAAAAGAUUCUACUUCAUCCAGUGAUCUUCCUUCAUCCUCAUUAGCCAGUAGUCGUCCUCCUUCAUCUUCUCCCAUUUCCCCUUCACCAGCCACCAAUCACACCAACAAUGAAGCAGCCACAGUCACAGCAACAACUACACAGAAGAAUCCUCCGAGGGAAGAUGCUGAACCCUCACCCACCAAGCCCUCAGCAGUCAUGGACCCAGAGGUUCCCGAGUUCACACCUUUCCGGCAUGAGCUUGAUCCAGCACAGCCUGAAUUCAUUCCAUCUGGAUCACAAAUUGAGACUGGAGAAAACACAAUAUCUUUAGAUAACAAGAAGACUAUACCAAGGACUGAGAGUGACUGGACUGAGGUGAAGCGCAAAGGCCGCCUGAAGAAGGAUUCAGAGAGUAAAGACAGGGAUCAGAAACAGUCAAGUGAGACUAAAGAUUCCCUCAACUUCAAUAAAGACACCAGAGAAGAAUUAGACUUCCAGUUUGAUGAAGAGCUUGAAGUAUUGCCAAAGACGGGAAGACAACAUGACUUUAGUGAAUGGUCUGAUGAUGAAGAAAGUGAUUAUGAAAUUAGUGAUCAAGAUGUGUACAAGUUGCUUAUUGUGACACAGUCUCCACCCUCUGCUGCGGGUGGUGCGGCAAACUCUACUGGCUCAGCAAAUACCACCGGCCCAGCAGCCAGCACUUCUGUCACCACACGGCCUCCCAAGCAUGGAGGUUACGACAGGACAGGUGACUGGACAAGUCGCACCAAAAUAACUCAAGAACUGGCAAAGGUCAUCAAUGAUGGACUCUAUUACUAUGAGCAAGACUUGUGGGAAGGCAAUGAGUGGUUCCCACAGGUGAAUGACAAGAGUGGAGGCAUCACCCAGCAGGUAACCGUCAUCAGCCAAGAGGUGAUGGAUUCCUUGCAACCUCAUCACCCACCUGUCCCUGCUAACCAAGAGGUCCCUCCCCCUCCCCCUCCCCUACACCUUCUGCAGGGAGCAAAUGAAGCAUAUGAAGAAAUUGUACCUCCCACUCCAAAGACACCGAGGUCACGCAAGGCAGCUCGUUUCUUCCCAGUGGUGAAGGACAAGGCCAAUGUUGACCAGCGGACACCUCGCAAGAAGAAGACCCGUCACUCUCACAAUCCACCGGUGGAGAGUCAUGUGGGAUGGGUCAUGGACUCUCGCGAACACAAGCCACGCACAAACUCAGUCAGUGAAUUGAAUGCAAGUCCAAAUGAGAAUCAGCUCUCUAGCAGUUUUGGUAGCAGCUAUGGGUCCUAUGGAUCUCUUCCUGGUUCUUUGCCCACUUUCCAACAUCCUUCACAUUCUCUGCUCAAGGAAAAUGGAUUCACACAGCAAGUUUAUCACAAGUACCGGGCCAGAUGUUUAAAAGAGCGCAAAAGACUUGGCAUUGGCCAAAGUGCAGAAAUGAACACCUUGUAUCGUUUUUGGUCUUUCUUCCUUCGACAACACUUCAACAGAAAAAUGUAUGAAGAGUUCAGAAGAUUGGCUAAUGAAGAUGCCAGAGUUGGAUACAGAUAUGGCUUGGAGUGUCUCUUUCGCUUCUACAGUUAUGGCCUUGAGAAGCACUACAGAGAUGAAAUUUAUAAUGACUUCCAAGAGGAAACAAUGCGAGAUAUGGAUUAUGGGCAGCUUUAUGGAUUGGAAAAGUUUUGGGCAUUUCUCAAAUAUUAUAGAAAUAGCAAUAAUCUAGUUGUGCAAGACCGACUCAAGGAAAGAGUGUCAAAAUAUAAAAGCAUAGAAGAUUUUAGAGUUGAAAUGCCUGAAGAAUAUGAUGCAGCAAAGGAAGCCAGAAAAGCACGAUCACGCACAAUAUCAGAAAAUGAGAGUUCAGCGAUAGCAAGCCAUGAUGACUACCAAAGAAGUGGCUGCAGCGGAGUGAGACGCCGGGAGCGCCGCGCCUCAGAAGGUGACAGGGACCCCACUGUGAAGGACUAUCACCCUCACCAGCACACUAGGGUCAGGAAUAGCUCAGGAGGACACAGCUUUUCAAGGGUCAGUGGAUCAAGAAGCAGAAAUACAAGUGGGCAGACACAUUGGCAGAGGAAUGAUGGGGGAGUGAAUUACAGGAAGCCCAAGCAAGUACAGCACAAGCCCAAUUUCACUUCAGCUAACAAAAGUCAAUCCCAGACAAAAGCUACAGAUGGCAGCAAAGCAUUUAAUCAACCAAAGCAUAAACAUGAAGGUGCAGGAAAGAUGGAGGCCCAUAAAAACACACCAAAAAGCACUGCACUAGGCACCACUGAGUGUGAGGCAGUGCCUGGCGAACACAACACCCCCAUGGCCAUAUCCUCAACCUCUACACAGACUCACAUGACACGGCCCAAGACAGAUCCAGUUCCUGUUCCUCAUUCACCAAAAACAUCUAGUUAAAAAUUUAAGCUUUUCUUGAUUUCUUUCCCCCACUGUAAGCCAAGUCAGUUUUGCCAAAGUGGAUAGAUAAUGUGUAAAUGAAAGUGUGUAAAGAUGUGCUGGCAAAUUUUGUUGUUACUGUCAGAAGUUUUAGGUAUGACUGUUUGAUUAGGAGUUUAUAUUACUUUGGUUUAGUACUUUGGUUUUACUAAUGUAUGCUUCAUAACAGGAAAACUUAUUUUUGUAUUUGUAGAAGGCAUAAAUUGUUAUAUUCCAGAUGUCUGUACCUUUGAAUUCUCCUGUGAAAUUCAGACUGCUGCUCAUAUCUAUUGUUAGACAUGAAGACUUAUACAACCUUGUGAUCUUGAAGAUAAUGAUAGUGAGGAUGACUAUGAUGAUGCUUAAAAUAAUGAUGAUGAUGGUUAUAAUGAUGAUGACAGCUGCACCAGUGGUGAUACUAUGCAGUUGGCCAUUGUAUUUGUAUUUAUUUAUUUUUUUUUUAUAUUUGCUGUGAAGUAUUUUAAAACUUAGAAUAGGGAGAGGGUUAUAUGUGUAAAUAUUGAAUAGUGUGCUCAUUAGUGAAUGAGCUGUGUACCAUAUUGACAAGGUUUAAUGAUUAAAUAGACUACAGAGGAUUUUAAGAGUGUUGCUUGCAAAUGUUUUCAUAGCAUGGCUGUCAUUCAUUAAGCUGAUACAUAUAUUUAACUUUAAUGACACGUUGUUGUGCUGGAAGUGUGAACUUAAAAUUUGCCUGAAGUAGUAAAUACCACUUUGUGAUGUUGGGAAACAAGAGAAAGGUAUGUGUACCCCUUAGAGUGCAUUAAGGCUCAUCUUGCUGAAGAGUUCUGCCCUCCAUUCAUUGGUUCAAUGAAUAAUAUUCUCACAGUUUUCAUGGAAAAAAACUACCAAAUUAUCUUGUUGUCAUUAUAUAUAUAUAUAUA